AUGUUUUUGGUUACAUCUGCAUUACUUGGAUAUAUAUAUUCACCUCAUCUGGAUUCUCCUCCACCUAGAUGGGUUCAUGUUGCUCAUGGUUUAUUGCUUUUCUUAUAUCAGACUUUUGAUGCUGUUGAUGGAAAGCAAGCAAGAAGAACAAAUUCGUCGAGUCCACUGGGAGAACUUUUCGACCAUGGAUGUGAUGCUCUUGCAUGUGCGUUCGAAGCCAUGGCUUAUGGAAGCACUGCAAUGUGUGGUGGAAGUGCUUUCUGGUUCUGGUUUAUAUCAGCGGUCCCUUUCUACUUUGCUACAUGGGAACACUAUUUCACCCAUACCCUCAUUCUUCCAGCUAUAAAUGGACCUACGGAAGGUCUUAUGUUGAUAUAUAUGAUUCAUUUUUUCACGGCUAUUGUUGGUGCUGAGUGGUGGGUCCAGGCGUUUGGAAAAUCCAUCCCUUUCUUGAGUUGGCUUCCAUUUAUAAGUCAAAUCACAAUGUAUAAGGCUGCAUUGUAUUUAAUGAUAAUUUUUGCAGUUAUCCCCACAAUCUCGUUCAAUGUAUACAAUGUUUAUAAGGUUAUUAAGGCAAGAAAAGGAAGCAUGGUGCUGGCUUUGGCGAUGCUCUAUCCUUUCGCUAUGCUACUGGGUGGUGUUCUGUUGUGGGAAUACUUGUCUACUUCUGGCUUAAUGAAUAACUACCCUCACUUGGUCAUACUCAGUAUAGGGCUUGCAUUUGGGUUUCUUGUGGGUAGGAUGAUUCUUGCUCAUUUAUGUGACGAACCCAAGGGUUUGAAAACAAACAUGUGCAUGUCAUUAUUUUAUCUGCCUUUCGCAAUUGCAAAUGCACUCACUGCUAGGCUUAAUGACGGGGCUCCUUUAGUUGAUGAGUUCUGGGUUCUUCUUGGUUUCUUUACAUACACAGUCGUACUUUAUCUGCAUUUUGCUACAUCAGUCAUUCACGAAAUAACGUCAGCACUGGGAAUAUACUGCUUCAGGAUAACUAGGAAAGAAGCGUGA